AUGACUACCUCCCGAGUCGGCGUGGGCAACGCCAACGCUUCUCCAACCUCCGCCUUACUCUUACACAUCCUGCAAGAUAUAUCAGGCCGCAUUGCAACGAUCUGCUUCGCUCACCGCGUCGGUACAGCCCUCGAGCCAGAAUGCAAAACCUACCGACUAGCAGCUGAUGUCUUCAACGAUAUCGCCAUGAUCCUCGACUGUCUCUCGCCGGGUGUUCCUGCCGGACCACCGAGGGUGGUUAUCCUCAGCACAGCCGGUGUCCUCAGGGCGCUCUGUGGCGUCGCUGGGGGUAGCUCGAAGGCGAGCUUGAGUGCUCAUUUUGCCAAAUGGGGGAAUCUGGCGGAGCUUAAUGCCAAAGACUCGUCUCAGGAGACCGUCAUUUCUCUUUUCGGCAUGCUGGUCGGAUCCGUAGUAAUCUCCCACAUAACCAGCUUCACCACAACCUGGCUGAUCCUCCUUCUCCUCCUAUCCCUCCAUCUGAGCAUGAACUACGCCGCCGUUCGCGCCGUCCAAAUGACAAGUCUAAACCGCCAACGCGCAAACAUCGCCUUCUCGGCCCUCCUAGACUCAGACAAGGGUCUAGCACUAGCUCUCAAUCUCGAUACCACCCCUACUCCUCCUACACCCACCAAAACUCAAUGGACAAUCCUCACACCAGCACAGGUAUCAAAACACGAACGUAUCUUCCACCGAGACGGCGCGUUACAAUGGACACAGCAUUCAGACACAGAUACAAUAACCCACCAUCUAGGAUCCGCGCAGAUAGGCGUGUCGGUUUCUACGUUCCUCGGAUCUGCGUCUAGUAGAUCCUUCAAAGAUACCCUCCCGCUCGAGCGCCUUGUGGCUGUUUUCGCGGGUGAAUUGUAUAUCUUGUUUCUGGUCCCGACUGAUACGGCUGGUGGUGUUAAAUGGAAUGCAUCGAUUCUUCUGAAACGGGGUUGUGGUGUUGGACAGCAGUUGAAGGGGUGGGUUCAUGCUUUAUUGGCUGCGAGGGUUUUGGGGAAAAUGAUUGGUUCUUCUCUUGAUGUUGUUCUUGCCGUUGUUGAGGGGACGCUUGCUUUGUUGAAUAGCGAGGCGAGGUUUGAGAGGUAUUUGACGGGGUUGAGGUGUGUUGGGUGGGAUGUUGAUAUUGCGGCUUUGGAGACGAGGGGUGGGAGGAGAAUUGAUAUUUGA